AUGGAACCUCCGCCCGCGUGCGAGAGCUACCACACUGGAGACACCCCGGGGGACGACCUCGCCUCUCUCUGUUCAGCUCCGCCCGAAUUUCUUCUCGGAUUCCAGACUUUCUCUGUGGCAUCUGAUCUCCCCUGGUCCUCUUCUCUGUUGCAGGCAUCUUCCUGUGUUUCGUCCUUUAUCCAGCGCGGAACCGUUGCAGGUGUACGUACACGCGGUGAAACGCCACUCGAGGCUCUGUUGCCUGGACCGAUUUUGCGGUCUCACAUUUGUGAAAGAGGACACAUUCGUGAAGAUGCUGGAGACGGAGACCCAGUUGCCCGUCGUGAGAAGAGAACAGAUCAACCGGCCGAGUCUGGCAGGCAUGAAUCCGCCAUCGGUGAACAUGUUGCUCCUCCCGGCAACGCGGAAAGUGGUGAAGGACGGCCAUCUCCCUCGACUACCUCGCCCCCAGCUGCUCCCAGUUCUUCCUGUCAUUCCUCUUCUGCUGCGCUUGCCUCUGUAGAAAGCAGCUCCCAACAGAACGCCGACGGAGGCGGCUUUUUGCGGAGCAGGGGAGCUCAGAAGAACGACUCUGGUGGCGAUGCAGGCAGCCAGCGCGAGAGCGAUAUGGCAAAGGAGACGGACAGACGACACCACUGCCCUGGUCAAGAGAAAGAGGACGGGCAAAACGUACAAGGGAGAGAGGAGGAGGAAGCGGCUUACCGCCAAGUUGUCACGCGGUUUCAAUUUCUCAAGCAGCUUCGCCAUCCCCACCUUUGCGUUUACACUCACAUUCUCCGCAAAGCUGAUCGCUUCUUUGUUGUCUCGGAGUACUGGUCUCUUUCUCUGGCAGAUCUCAUAUACCAACGCGAGCAGGCGAAGACGUCUUCUUCGUCUGCUCCGUCCUCCGGUCCUUCUGUUUAUUCGUCGCCUUCUCAGUUGUUGACAGCGGUGCCCCUGCUGCCUGAGGCAUUUCUUCGUCGCGUCGCAUCCCAGAUCCUGUCCGCCCUCGUGUUUUUGAAUGAACAAGGCCUCACCCACGGCAGGUUGUGUCCGUCGACCGUCCGUUUCACUGCAAGUGGAGAUGUCCGAUUAUCGGACUGGGGCCUGUCGUACUUAUCACGCCAGGGAUACUUGGCGCCGCACACGCGCCUUUUGCCUUCGCCGCCCUUCCUCACACCUCAGCAGGCGCUGUUCGGGUCGGAGAGUGCGCGGCUCAGCCCUCCGUUUGCCAAAGAUGACACCUGGGCUCUAGGGGCGAUUCUCCUGCAGGCCGCUCAGGGGCCUCCUCGGCUCGCACCUGGCGCCCUUCUUGCUCUUCUCGCACACGCAGACGAGGAGCAGCGGGCUAGGGAGAACGCUAGAAGACAAGAGGCAGAGACGCGACUCACGCGCGUGAAUUGGACCGGCGCGGCUAGGGAAGUGAUGAGACAGGACGCGCUCUCGAGAGAGAGACAGCAGGAGCCAAGCGAGAGACCGAGAGCGAACGAGCGCGAUCCGAAAGGUGAAGGGCGUCACGGACCGAACCGGAAGGACUGCGGAUACGGAGCCUGGCGCGAGGGAGAGGCAAAGCGAGACGGAGAAGAGGCGGAUGACAUCCCGACGUGGGCGGCCGACUGGGAGCGAGAAGUAGAUGCGUUUCUGGGGCUCAAAUUGGCCGUGGGACCGUGGGAUGAUUGGGCCGGUUGCGAGAGACGAGUCAGAGGGGAAGGCAGCUGGCGUUUAGCGCGCCAAAGCCCCGAGGAAGAGCAGGUGCUGCCUCGUCUUCAUCCUCUCCACACGCUCCGAGCUGUUGAGCACGCGGCCAUGAUGCUUCUCUUCGUCCACUGGGCCUACGAGGACCGCAUGCACCCCCAUUUCGAAAGCCUGCGGAUCGCGUUAGCGAACGACAAGUCUGACAAAGCGAUCAGUGGCGAAGAGAAACACCUUUCCGACGCGUGCGAGAGAUGCAGAGAAGCAAGAGGCCCGUCCUCACACGCCACGCCCUCCUUCUCGUGUAUUGGCCGAGGGAUUGCUCGUCGCCUCUUGCAACAGAAAGAGAACUUCGUCGACGAACUACGCCACGUCGUCAGCAGGCCGUGCUGCCUGGUGGAGCCAGAGGCGUAUGCGUCUCUGCUGAGUCUCAUUUCUACCUGCCUGCAAAAGCGGAGGAGCGAGAGAGAGACAGGGGCGAAGACGCACAGACAAAGCGAAGGGAAGGAGGAGGAAGUGGGGGGAGUUGGAGGCGCGCCGAAACGAACAGAGGACGAAACUAAACCGCAGGUUUCUUCCUUCUCGUGUCUCUCAUCGACAGCGUGUCCCACCCAGCCCGCGUUUGACGACGGCACCUUUCUGUGGGCAGUUCUCUGUUCCCAUGUUGCGUGGUUCGCAGGGUCGUCUCUCUUUCCAUUGUCCUCUUUCUCUUCCUCGCUCCUUCACGUUUCUUCUCUCCCGUGUUGCAAACGCAGAGGGUAUGGACGCCUCAACUUCGCGCGUGACGGGUCUCCAGGCUCGUCUUGCUCCCCGUCCCUGCCGUCUCCCGCGGCUCCUCCGGGUUCUCCGCUUUCGUCCGGCUUUCGCGAGUUUCUGCGAAGGAUACUGGAAAUCAAUCCCGACCGCCGGCUGUCUCCUGCAGAGGCGCGGAGUCUGCCUUGGGUCCACGCGUUUUCCGUUUCACUGCAUGCGACGGGACCACUUCGCGAUCGUUUCAGCCGCGUCGCGGCCGCCUCUCUGGCCCCACAAACUGGGGCGGAAGGACAGAGUUCUCAACGAACGGAGGAAACGACGGCAGGGGGACGCGGCGAGCAGGCGCCCCCGGGAAGCAAUCCAGAGGAGAGGCACGAGAGAUCGAACGACGGUUACACGCGUGGCGAGAAGAGAUGUGGACAGGAAGGAGGAGAGAAAGGGGAGGGAGAGAGCCUGAGGAAGACAAAGAAGGAGAUCCUGAUGUGUCCUAAAACGGCAGAGGCUGCACAGCUCUUGCUCGACAUGCAUAUUGAUGAAGAAAUCGAGGCAACAGAAAAGUACUCGAGAGAUCCUCGCGGCCCGUCGUCCCUCCGCGGCUUGGACAAUUUGAAAGAUUACCUCGUUCGUCACCACAAUGUCUCGCUGGAAGAGAUUUUCUUUUGGUGGCAACUCCGAGGGGGGGAUGUCCAUACCACACUUGUGGAUUUGGGCGCCUUGCGUCCGGUCCCACCGAUCCUUCGUCUGCCUCUUUGUUGUCUUCUUCGUCCUCGUUCGCUCCCCACGUCUCUGGUUCCUCCUUCCCGUCACGCGCACUCUCUUCGGGAUUCCUGCCGCCUUGGCCGCUCGGAAGAAGCGAGAAGCAGCCUCCGUUCCUCUCUCUGUCCUUCGGUCUCUUCUUCUCCGCCUCACUCUACGCGUCUUCCCCAACGCACGGACGGGCCGCAGAAGCGUGCUGCGGAGUCCCAGGAGACUCCGGCUUCCUCGUCUGUUCCUGUGUCGGUCUCGCCCCCUUCUCGCUCUCAAGACGCCGGCGUCCGUUGCAACGAGGGCCGACUCGCACGCGGGCCUCGCGCGGAGUCCGGCUCGCACGAGCGACUUCCGUUUCUUUCUCCUCUCCUUGACUUCCGUCUCCUUCACGACCAGGCUCCACAUGCCUCGGGUGCUAAGCCGGGAAAGAACGAAGCCGGCACCUGUUUGUGCGCCUCCCUCCCGUCUCUUCUGGCUUCAUGCUCGUGCUCGUCCUCUGGAGGCCGCGACGGAGGCUUCGCGUCUGCAGGGAGACGCGACGAUAUCGCGCGAGAGAGGCACUGCUCUGAACUUCGCCGCGGGACAGAAAGCAGCGACACGACGGCGGCAGGCGGGGCCUUCGCCCAUUCGCGCUCCUCCCUGCCGCCCUUCGCUCCAGCCCCGCAGGAGACUCGACAGCCCGCGGGGCUCUCGAGUGUCGAGGCAGCUUGCGCAGACCCCUCGGGUUUACGCCCGCGGAGACCAGAAGCCGGGCACGGCCAGGAGGCCGAUGUGCCGCGAGGGAAUAAAGACGCAAGAGAGACAGCAGACCUGCUCGAGGGGGUCGGUGUCGAAGACUGCAGUUUCUUUGCAUGCGGAUUCAGCGCUGGAAGAAACUGGAUCGAAGUCGAGGCGAACUGGCUAGAAGGCGACGCGCGCAUCCGAGGCGUCUCGAUUCAAGACACCGUCGCCGCGCUACAGGAGGCUGACCGUUUCUCUGUUUCGCAGAUGCACGAGCUUUUCCUUUUGAUGCCUCUCUGCCUCGCGAGAGUUAGACUCUUUCGCUCGCUACUCGUCCAACUUCCAAAGAGCCUCAAACGCCUGACAGAUGAAGCCGCUGUGGACAUUCCGCCUCUCCUCCGCGCGCAGAUUUGGGCUACCCUGCUGGGCGUGAACUUCGCGGCUGAAGUGGCAGCAGGCCCUUUCGUCUUCGAGCAACUCGUGCUGGAAAGCCUGGCGUUGCCGGGGAGUCGCCGGCUGGCAAACAACGAGUUCUCCCAGUGCUACGAACAUCACGAUUUGCUAGGAAGCCGCUUCGGUCGUCGACAGCUUCGUCGCCUUCUGCAAGCUCUCUUUGCUCAGAAUGCCCAGAAGGACUCUUCUUCUCCCCGUUAUCCCGUCCCGUCUUCGCCCUCUUUGUCUUCGCCUUGUCGUGUCUUCUCCGCGCGAGGCCUGGACGCAAUAGCUGCGCCUCUCCAGCUACUCUACAUGAACCACCCACAGAUCGCGCUGGCUUGUCUUGACAGACUGUUGACUCGCCAGGGCCAGUAUAAGCUUUUUGGCUGCGACAACGCCGCUGCGAUUGAAGAGCAACUUGCAUGCUUCAGCCAGCUGCUCUAUUUCUUCGAUCCGCCUCUUGCUGUCCACCUGCAGAGAAUAGGUCUCGGUCCGGAUCUGUACGCCCUGUCGUGGUUGUUGACCUUGUUUGCCCAUGCUUUAGACCUUCCCCAGCUGUUUCUUCUCUGGGAUUCCCUUCUUCUCCACCCUCCGUCUUUCCUUCUCUUCGUUUCCUUCUGUUUGCUGCACCAUUUGCGGCUUCCUCUGCUUCGUCUGGCGCCCGAUGAAGAGAGCUCUGCACUCUCGCUCUUGCGCGCAGCCUCGGCUUUUGUGCACGUCCCUGCCCUUUGUGGGGUCGCAUCGGCUCUCGAGACGGAAACACCGGUCUCCGUGGCUCUGCCGUUCUUAGCCAGGAAGUCUGGCCUCCUUGCUCGGGAAGGCGUGGAGACAGAUGGAGAGGAGGAUGGGGAGCAUCCGCAGAGAGAAGGAAAGGGAGGAAUGCGGAAUAGCGCCUCGCUGGCGGGAGCGACGCGGAAAGUUCCGGCGACUGUGGAGGUGGACGAAACGGAGGGACCGAAGAGCACCGGACACGGCAGGCAGGAGGAGGGGAAAGGCGUAGAGCAGCGGGAAGGCGAUGGACACGAAGAGGACGGAUCACCGUACAUUCAGAAAGCAUGCACGACGCAGAAGCCCAUGGCAGGGAAGGACGAACGAACGGAGGCGACACCUCCAAGAAAAGAAGCAAGGCAGACGGAACAAGAUGCCCUUGGUUCCGGAGCCGUGCGUUUCUACAUCGGAGAUGAUGCAGACGAAGAGAAAGAGAAACGAAACGCUUUCUCCACAGGGAACGCGAGUCGCCGGUGCCCGUCGCUCGAGCAGCGGCUGCGCGCACGGCUGCUCGACGGGAACGGCACAAGCGGUGCAGAAAAAGGAGAGGCGAAGAAACAAAGGAAGAAGAAAAAGCAAUCGCUGGUUGCUGCUAUGAUCCAGGGACCUGCAAAUCUGCUCAUGGGCCCGCCACGCAAGCCUCGGCAAGCGUUCGACUCUGACGAUGAAGAGCAUUCCGAGAGCGUUGGCAGAAGUACCGCGUCACCGGGGAUAGAUCCCCUGCAGUCUUUGAUGGAAGAGGAGCGUUGGUGGGAGACUUUCGAGGAGCAGCCUUCAGCCCGUUUUGCUUCCAGGAGAGAGACAGCCCCGCAAGGCGUGGCCUGUGCAUGGAGCUUAGAUGCGGCAGCUCGCGGGUAUAGGUGCCCCCCUUUCGUCAGUGUGGAUGACCUCGUGGAGCACCACAUGCACGCGACAGUCCUCGAUGUACGCCCUGCAGCGUCUUUCCGUCAGGUACAUUUCAUCAACGCAAAGAAUGUGGCUGCUGACGCCCCGUCUUCUGUCCUCAUUCCUCUUCUUGCUGCUGCUGCGUCCUCUGCAACCGCAAUGGGAGCGCCCUUCCCGGCGUCCAUUCCAAACUGCAAGUGUGCAGACAGCGACGGCACGACCUCAGGGGGAGGUGGCGACGCUGGCACAUGCAGUGAUAUUUCAACCGCGUCAGGAGCAUCUCCACUUUUGCCGUUCACUCCCGGAACUGUUUCUUCGUCUUCGUCCCUGUCAGCGCCUGCCUCGCGUCCGACUCCGUCGCUAGCACGACUGAACUCUGGAUCCACUGGGCCUGAGUGGCGCGUCGGGUUUGGGGGAGCGUCUUUUGCCAUCUCUUCUGGAGAAGGAGGAGGGACUGCGACUCAGAAAGGUGAAGAGAAAAAAGGGACAACUGCGGAUGCCCAGUACGCAGAUUCCCCAGACUGUCUGGGAAAGGGCACGUCUCUGUCCACUCCGGUUACCAGCUGCUGCACUGCUGCAGGACCAUCUGCUGCAAGCUCUGUGCCAACGUAUUACAGGACAAGCGCACCUGGCGGUCGGUCCCCCUAUGCGCCGGUUGACCCUCACGCGACUAUAGUGGAGCCGUGGCUAAAAGGCGAGAAGCAAACACUUCAUUUGAUUGUGGUAACGGGAAGUCGAACAGACGCGGGUGUGGCCCUUGCCGCGCGGUUGCAAAGAGCUGGGGCUUUACAUGUCUGUGUCCUCAGAGGCGGAAUUGACGCCGUGCUUGCAGAUGCUCCGGUCUGUUUCUUGGAAACAGGGAACUCCGGAAAGUGA